AUGGAGGAAACAAAGGGUUUCUAUGACUUGUGUGUACCCUAUAACAAAGAUGAGAAAAUUUUGCGUGAAAUAUGCAAAGAAUUGGUGGAAUUGGGCUAUAAAACAAUUGCGAUUGAACAGGUAUUUGAUCACAGCAAAAAGGACAAUGUCAAACGGGCGGCUGAUAUAUUUCCCGAACCGGUCAAUAUCAAAUGGCUGCAGGAUGAAUUUAAAAAUAAAUUGAAAAUAUUACAAAGGCUGACAAUCAUCUAUAUGGAUGUGGCUGUGGCUCAUGCUAUGGGAAAUUCCUUAAAUUUGAAAAAAUUCAACUUGGUUGCGGGACAACCAAAAACCGAUGCCGCUUUAACUCAUUGUUGUACAACAUUUAAUGGUGAUAUUGUUACCUUUGAUGCCCAGGCUGGUAGUCGUAUAUAUGUUAAUCGCAAGGCCUAUCAGGUGGCUGUUAAGCGUGGCAUAUUUUUCGAAAUUAAAUAUUCCCCAUUAAUUGUCGAUACCAAUUUCCGUAAGGAUAUUAUAAAAAUAGCCCAUAACUAUUUUGUCAGAGGCAAAUCGAAGAGUAUUAUCAUUAGCAGCGGGGCAACAAAUCCAUUUGAGUUAAGGGGACCAUAUGAUGUGGCAAAUUUAUCAUUUAUAUUUGGCUUAUCAGAAGAUCAAGGAAAAUGUGCCAUAGAUCGUUUUUGUCGCCAGCUGUUUUUACGAGCAGAAUCUCGACGCAUUGGCAAAACAAUUAUGUUUGUUAAAUCCGCCGGGCCAAUAGUUUUUUCCGACUCAUCAUCUUCGGACAAUGACGAAGAUGAAAGAAUGCAGAAAUUGGAAUUAAAGAAUGAGGAGGAUGUCAUCAAAUUUUCUAAAAGCUCAGAUUCUGAGCAGGAUAAUAAUGAGGAGGCGGAUGAUGAUGAUGAACAACCAAAUAAAAAGAAAAAACUUUCUUAG